AUGACAACAGCCACGUCUCGCGCCCCUGCAUCACCAGACCCAGAAGAAGAGGAGCUAGACACGGAGAUCACCUCAAUCCGUGUUGAAAUUCAAAACCUCCAAAAACACAAGCGCAUCCUCUCAUCCAGCCUCCUAACAACCGACGCAAUCCAAAAAUUCCUCCGCAAACAACCCAAACCUCUCACCACAACAAACCAAACCGACCCCCUAGCAGCAUUAUCUCCCCUUGUCCAUGCCGCCGGCACACACGCCUCCUCAAAUCACCACCGCAUCGCCUUCGGUGCAACCGCCUUCCCAUUCAAAGACCCAUCCCCAACCUCCAGCGCUGGAACUCUCCUCGGCGUGCGCAUCGACGUAUGCGCCCGCAACGGCCGUUUCGCAAAACCAUACUAUAUACUCCUCAAGCAUGAGCAGAGUCGCGCGGGCCUUGGUCCUGGUUCUACGAAGAUGUUGAAAGUGCAUCGACACACCGUGCCGGGGUUUAUAUCGAUAGCGAAGCUAGAGAGUGCUUACCUACCGCAUCCCGGUAUACCACGUAGGGUAGGGAAUGGGGACGGGGAUGCGGGAGAAUGGUCUGGCGAGGAAGAGCACGCUGAGCCCGCGAAGCCGUGGAAGAAGAGUGGCAGCUCUAUCCAGAAGCAAGAUCUGCGGGGAUUUGUACGCGAGCUUCGGAGGGAGUUGGUUGCGUGGCACAUGCGCGUGGAUGCGAUUGACUUCCUGCGUGAGAAAUUGGGUCUUGUUGCUGCGGAGGGGGUGUCGUUGCCGUUUGAUAUUUCGCCGGAUCGGGAUACGGGCAUUGUGUCUUUAGCUGCCGUUGCGGCUGAGGCGCGGUAUGUGCGGGUUGAGUGGGUUGAUGGACGGGUUGGACGGCUGAAGUUGUCGAAUGCGGGGAUUGUGGAAAGGGCUGUUGUUAUUGGUGAUCAGGGGAGGGAUAAGAAGGUUGAGGAUGCGAUGACUGGUGGUGGAGGGAGGAUUGAGACGGUUUUGGAUAGGUUGAGAGUAGAUACGUUGUCUGGAUCAGCUGGGCUGUGA